GAUGUAACUAAUUAUUACCUUGUUCAAAAUGGCUCCAAAAUAUAAAAGUUAUGAUUACUGGAAACACGCUCUUAAAUCGCCUAAAUAUAUUGUGGCUCCAAUGGUUGAUCAGUCUGAACUACCAUGGCGACUGCUGAGCCGCAGAUAUGGCGCACAACUGUGCUACACUCCAAUGAUUCACGCCGGUCUAUUUGUGAAGGACGCGUUUUACAGAAGGGAAUCUUUUCAGACAUGUGAGGAAGACAGGCCUUUAAUUGUUCAGGUAUAAUUCUCAAUGCUGACUUAUUUCACUGGCUUUUAGUUCUAUAGUUGAAGCUAUUUGCAAAUCCAUGCAUUAUUAUGUUCCUUAACAAGCAACAAAUGCGAUGUAGUUGUUUGCAUAUUGGAAUCAGCUGUUUUAUUGACAUGAAACCUACUAGAUUGGUAUUGUUUAAAGUACCGAUCAGACCCAAAUUUUAAAAAAUACCAAGACCUCAUCUGGUAUUUUGUUCGUAUAUUUCACGCAAAAUGCAAUGAUAUACGAUAUACGCGAAAAUUUCAAACGUGAUUCAGCUUAAGUUUACAAUGCCUUUUGUAAUGGUUACUCGUUACUUUUCAUUAUCUUGUGAGUUUAAAUUCUGUUAUAUUUUAUUGCAGUUUUGUGCGAAUGAUCCAGAAAUUUUCCUUCAAGCUGCAAAGUUAGUAGAACCUUAUUGUGAUGGAGUUGACCUGAACCUUGGCUGUCCACAGAUAAUAGCAAGAAGAGGUAUACAUAUGCAGGAACUGGCCGUACACUGCUGAUACAGUGGACAGAUCAGAAGUGGAAAGUCAAUUUUAAACUGAUUGUUGGUUGUCUUGCUACCAUAAUUCUGGGAACUUUUCAAAGAAGUCUCAAAUGUUGUGAAAGUUUGACUCAAACAACUUAUAAAAAUAAAAUUAACUUUUCUAUGUUUGUUUAAAUCUUUUAGGUUGCUAUGGUGCAUUUUUACAAGAUAAAUGGGAAUUGAUAGCAUCCAUGGGUAAGAUUUCACCAGUAUGUCUGUGUGUCUGUUGAAAUUUAAUUUUUUCUUCCUUUGUGCAUAUUUGGCUUUGUUGUCUUUGCAGCUGUUGUAGUUGUGAUAAAAGUUAAUUUUGUGUCAGGGUUAAAAAAGGGGAUAACAGGAAUUGAGUGUGUUUUAUUAAGCAAUUAAUGCACCAUAUUAUAGGGAUCUCAUUGCCUUAGAGAGUCCAAAUAGCAGCUAUUUACCAUACAUAUCAGAGUCUCUUCUUUGAAACAAGUAGUAUAUGCAUGUAUCUAAUGGUUCUUUUUUCAGUUAAGAGUAUUCCUUACUUUUAUUGUUUGAUUUUAGAUCUAGUGCAUCUGUCUCACAUAUGUUAUAUUUAUUUUCAUAUUUAAGAGUGCAUGUUUAAUGUUUGAGUUGUACUUUCCUUUUCAGUGAGCCUACUCAAUGAGAAGCUUUCAAUUCCAAUAAGUUGCAAAAUCCGUGUGUUUGAUGAUUUGGGUAAAACUUUGGAAUAUGCAAAAAUGUUAGAGAAAGCAGGCUGUCAGGUAAUGCUUCAACUUUGUUCUCAAAAUCUUUAAUGCAAACUGUACUUGCCCAUCAAGAGAUGUUCCCCUGGGCUAGGUUGUUCAAAACAUAUUGAACUUAAGCUGGGGUUGGUGUAAAAUUUUUUAAUUUACUUUUAUAGCUCUGCAAAGGGAUUUCUUUUGUCUUUUCCUGCCAGUUUUAAGUCAUAUUGAGAUAAAAACCAACAAAGCCUUUGCCUUUAUACACACUUUCUACAUGAAAAAUUAAAAGUAAAGGUUGACUUUUGUUACUUCAACGUUAACCUCCUUCAAACAACCUGGCCCUCAACUAAAAGGACCUGCAGGUUUUUUAAUUAUCUCCAUCAACCAUCAGCAUGCAUUCUCUAAAAGAAGAAAAAACCCACCUGACCUAAUGACCAGUCUUCUUUCCCAACUCAGGUUAAAAUAAACACAUUUUAUCAUAAUUUAGAUCUUCUAUAUUCCACUUGGACCUUUAAAAGUCUGCUACAGAUUGAUUGGUUUAGAAUUCAUUUCUUCAGGCUACAAAAUACAGAAAGAAGAUUGCCAAACUUGUACUAACAGAUUUUACACUUCAGGCUGACCCCUGUCUAUUUUUGUAGAACUCAAUUUGUAAACUGUGCAACCUGCAGAUGUUGACUUUUUAAGUGUAGUAGCACACUGUGACUUUAUGCAAUGUUGAAUAAAUUAUAUCCAAUAUUUCAUUUUUACUUGACUUUGACUUGUAGCUGCUGACAGUUCAUGGUCGCACAAGGGAACAGAAGGGACCUAAUACUGGUCUUGCCAGUUGGGAUGUUAUUAAAGCAGUAAAGUUAGUGGAAAUUAAUUUAAAUGUGUUUUUGUCUCUGAUACUUGCAACACUCUAGUGUUCCAUUUGAGGCUCUCAGAAGUGACAAAGAGGCUAAAUUCAGAAUUGAUUCUAGAAGACAAACUUUCUCCCAAAACUUUGCACACAUAAUUCUUAUCUCUUAUUUAACAAAAAUUAUGAUUUUGAUUGAUAGAGAAACUGUCUCAAUCCCUGUGUUUGCCAAUGGAAAUAUUCGCUAUUUGCAAGAUGUGGAGAAGUGCAUGGAAUGUACAGGAGUAGAUGGUGUAAUGACAGCAGGUUGGAUUAUUUCGUUGUGGCUCAGUAAAAUAGAUUUUAAAAAUGUUAGUUUACUUUUUAGUUACAAAACAAAGUGAUGACUUAUGACUGUACAUAGUCUCUCACUCCAAUGGGCAAAACCUGACUUGACUCGUUUGGAUCAAUGGUAAAUUGUAGUUGUGUCUGCUGAUGAUGCUCUUAUUUUUGAUGAUCUACUUUGUGAAAGGUGAUACAGAGGUUCAGUUUGUGUGCUUCUGCAUUUUAUGUCGUACUGAAGAAAUGUAAAAUGGUUUCCGUGUUUACAUAGCCUGAUGUAAACACACGGGAGGUUGGGAGAACACGAGUUAAGCGUAGGAAACCAUGACGCAAAGCGGAGUGGUUUCCAGCUUAUUGAGUGUUCUCCCAACCUCCUAAGUGUUUAGAUUAGGUUAUGUAAACAUGGAAACCAUUUUACAUUUCUUUUAUAAAAUAACUAAUGAGAGAGGAAUGAAAACCGUGUUUACAUACGCUCAUGUGAAAUGGUUUUAUGGCCAAUCAGAGCGUGCGUACUAUUUGAAUUAUUUUAUAAAUGGUGGAUGUUACUUUGAAUGUAUCUUAAACUAAGAACUCUUCAGUUUAAAACCUCUUUAUAUAAGGAACUGUUGUGUCAUGUUUUUUUUUCCUUUUUUGUUGUAAUUAUUUGAAGUAUGUUGAAUGGAUUCAAAGGGUAAGUAUGCUUUAAUGAUUUUGAUUCCAGAGGGUAAUCUCAGCAAUCCAGCACUCUUUAAUGGUGAACACCCCCCAGUAUGGGACAUAACUGAUGAGUACCUAGCACUGGUAAAUGAACACCCUUGUCUGUUGUCUUACAUCAGAGGUCAUCUUUUUAGGAUGUGGCGGAUCAUGUAAGUACAAGUUGUUCAAUGAAAUUGUUAGGAAUGUUUUAAAUAAAUUUUAUGUUACUCUUGUUAUAAUGUUGAAUAUCGAGCCUGGGCAAAACUAGAGUUUACCUCAACCCAAGUGUCUCAACCAAUGCACAACAGGCUUUAGUUCAAUGCUCAAGAGUGACUCACAUAUAGUUUCUCCUUACACUGUUGCCCCUGAAUCACACCUCAAGGUAAUGACAAUAAACAAAUUGAUCACUUACUAAAGAAGCUUUUGUGUCAGCAUCUGGGGAAAAGCAUGGAGAAUAUGCCUAUUGAUGUUAGGAUGGAAAGGACUAAGAAACACCACUUUAAAAGCUGAAGAAUUUUUACAUUUGGGUUAAGGUACAUACAUUUUUCCCAAAAUCUCUCCAACUUUACAGACCCCUUGCAACCAGUUGCAGUGUUGUUAAGAAGUCUUUUUGAUGUUUAUUGAAGAAGCUUUGAAAUACAGUUGAAUUAAAUAUUGAUAAUAAUCAUUGUUGUUCAAAAUUAUUCUACCAAUGAAAUAUUAUAUUAGAGAUGUACAUAUAUUAUCAAUGUUAAACAGUCUAUCUUUUAAAUAGGUUAGUAAAUAUGUAAAAUGGUAUAAAUUUAAAGUGGCUUCCCCCUCAUUUCUACUCCUUGCUGGCCAUAAAUGUUACUUCUAUAUACACAGUAUACCAUGAUUAGGUUAAAAUCCUUACACAAGUGAACUAUACCACAACUUCAACCAACUAAUGGCUACUAUGCACUAGGUUCUUGAUAAAGUGUAGUUUUUCAAUUUUCUUUUAGUAGUUUCUCAAACAGUUUAUUCUUCUCAAUGUAUUCACUAAUUCAUGUGCAUGUUAUGAUAAGAAGCAGAGAGUGAACAAUAUUCUGGUGUUGAAUACACAGGUACAUGUGAUAACACCAGCAUCUAGAGAAAAUGGGUUCUUCACAAAAAGUUGUAAAACAUCACCUGCAGUGUGACUUAUGCUUCUAAUUGUGUUCUCAGUUAAGAGAACUUAGGAUUUGCAGUACUCAAAACAUCACUUGCUUAUCAAAGGGGAAAGAUUCUCCCCAAUUAAAUAUUUCAAAGAAACUUCAGAUGUUUCAGUAAAAAGGAUUUUAAGACAGCUGAAGAUAUUUGAUUUCAGGGAAGCUUUGAUCCAAUGAAACUACUCCAAUUUUGCUCUAACUUUUUAAACUAAUCAAGAUAUCUAGCAAACAAGGCAAUGCAUGAACGUCAAGUUUUCCUGUCUUGAAAAGUAAUUUCUCAUAGAUCAAGUUUUGAGAAAAUUUAAAGAGUUAUUUUUUAUUUAAUGAAUUAUUGCCUGUAGGCAAAAUAUUGCAACUACCAGCAUCAAGUUAGCCCAGGUGGUAGGGCCUGUAUUGCAUUUAUUCUCGUGACAACAAUCUAUUUUGCAAGCCCAGCCAUAACUUUUGCAUUCUUUGUUGCUGCAAUAACUUGCAGUUGCACAGUGCCUUGAGUACUGUAUACGAAGAGUUCCAUUUAUGUAUCCUUGGUUAAUUUCCACUUUGGCGCAAACAUCGUCAUCCUCUCUGCAAACGUGUAGAGUUUUAACCUUAUCACAGUCUUUCCACGAAGUUUCGGCAUAACAGGUGUAGCAUUGUAGACUUGAUACUGCAGUUGGACCUGUUUAAAAAAGUCGUUAUUAUUUCUAUGUCUUCAAAGUGUUGUUAAGCAAAGUCUACUGAACGACUGUUAGCCCAUUUGCUUUCCGAACCCUUUUGCAAGAAGGAUUUUAAUAGACGCGUAAAACGAUCUCAUAUAUUUACGGUGAAUUAACAGGAUCGAGUCGCCCUGAAAUGUAAGACGAAUUAAACUAGAAAUGCAGUCAAUUACAACUGUUCUGCUAUCAGGGAACCUUCUCUGGAUACUGAAUCUUGAAACCCUGAACUUAACUGAACCCUCUUCCCAUCAGUCAGAACGAAAAAAAUAUCCAGGACUGGUAGAGUUAACAAGCAGUUUAGACAAUCAUUCACGAGGGUCAUUUGUUUCCUCAGCUGCAAAGUCAUUUGUUUUCUCAGCUGCCUCUGUCAUGCCGUGAAUUUCAAUCAAUCUAUCUAAAAUUAAUUUGUUUCGUGUGGCUAUCAAGUUCUAAGUUAGUAGGAAAUAGGCUUCAGAUGUAAGAAAGUCAGAAAAAUUAUAGCACUUUAGUAUAAGUUUAUAUUUAUAAGUAUUAGUUUAUAUUUAGAAGUAUUAGUUUACCAAGAACGCCGCGAAUAUGUCUAUUGAGUAAAACACUUUUUGUUAAUUCGAGAAUUCACUUCAACAAACUCAUUUGACAUAUUUUAUGAGAAUUGACAGAAAACUCAAUUAACUCAAACUUGUUGUCUAUACUCAGAAAAACAACAGCUUUUAAGACAUGCUAAAACUCGAAAAUGGCGUCAUUUACAAUGUCUCCUCUAUUUGAUUUCCAAAGAACACCUUAUUUGUCCUUAAGUCUUUCUCACAAAAUAUAACUGAUCGCUAAAUAUCUCUUAUUUAAGCGAUUAAAAUCGGUAAUCACUUGUGAUGUAGACAGGGAUAUUCUUCGUGAAACGGAUGGAUAAUUGAGCUUGUGUGUGACCUUGUGGACGUCACACAAUCGCCUGUUUACUCGUAGAUUUCCAGUAACUUUUCACUCUAACAACCUUCCUUGAAGUGGUUUUCCAUCUCUGCCACGCGAAGUUUUUCUCUUAAACAAAGUUUACAUUUUACUUUUAAGUCUUUACUCCAUGGGCGGAAAAGUCAGUUCUGCUCUCGAAAAUGAGAUUUAAAAGCCGGUUUUGUUAAUAUUCAUGUACCUUGCUUGGCAGAGUAACGUAAUAUGCUAAUACAAAAUUGCAACAAAACCAUCUUGAAAUGAGCGAUAGUUUCGCGUGAGGUGGCAAAGGACUAUCGGAAAUAAAACACAAUCAACCAUAUCAGGAAUCGAAAUUGUAGACUCUUAAUUUGAUUUAAUUCAAUCGGUAAUUAAGUGUUAUUGAUCUCAGCUUUCUCUACUUCGUCGAACAUGCUUACCGGAACUUUUCAGCUGUUAAAUUUAGCGAGGCGAAAUGAUUUUGUUAGUCUAAAUCACAGUUAUAUUUGUAUGAAACGCGUUUAAUAGCGAGAAGAGUAGAAGUUCUUGGCACACCUACCUGCGAUACUUUCAUUCUUGAGAAAAGACGAGAGGAUGAAAACGGCGAGAAAUAGCUUUAUCCCUCUCCACGAUUCCAUUUCCACUCGUUUGAGUUCUAUUCCUGCUUAGGGUAAAAUAUCUGACUUGUUGAUACAAGAACCUCAAUUCCUGGCCUCGCUGUCCUCUGAACUAGUUCAGUUCUGAGCGUGAAUGUGCAAGUUCUUACGUCCAGUGAAAUAUGAGCCUCUUCUGAGCUCGUAAUUAGUUUUAACGGGUUGCGUGAUUAUAACUGUAACUUGAGAUGUUUCAAAAACUCUGCGCCAUUUGCAGAUUUCAAGCGCUUUUCAGUUGAAAUCGCUAAGAUUAACUACGGCAACGCGAUUGUGAGCAGUAGAUGAACAUGUCACUUUCUUUCAUCUAAGGCAGUGUAUUUUCAAUUUCAGUAAUCCAUCACAUGUGACAGCUGUUGCCAAGUUUUAAUUUUAUCUGCCGUGAUGAAACUUCAUGUUUCCGGUGUGUUCACAUUUUUUUCCUGUUGGUGCACAAAUCUACCUCAUGCUGUUGAAGCGCGUGAGUUUGAAGGGUGCUCGAUCAGCAUGACUAGAAACAUUUCAACUGUGGGAGGGAAAUUACGUGUAAUAAAGUGGCUCAUCCAACUAAUCUGAACAAUGGUCUCCUGUCAGGUUGUGCGCUUUUAUUGCGGUUUCUUUUAUCUCUCAGUGUUCGCUUGACUUCUCACAGUUCACACAGUUCUGCACAGUUCGAAUCAUAUGUUUUUAGAAAUUUUUGAAAAGUUUGUAUAUUUCUCGUCUUUUUUCCUCCUUACUUCGUAAGUCGAUAUUUUUGGCAAGGUUAAUUCACGCCUUCUUGUGCUAUCCUCUGUUAAGCCAAUCGUUUAAUUAUUAUUAGGUUUCCUUUUUUGCUUCUAAUAAUAAUAGUGACGCGGAAACUACUGAAAAUGAAAAUUCGGUUUCUCGAUGGAUUGAACCUCUCAGAAAAUCGCGGUUUUUUAGCGUAAUGAUGCAAAUUAGCCAUGUGACUUUGAAAAAAACAAGAAAAAACAUAAAAGGAAUCAAUGAUUUUGGUUUAAGCAAGGGGUUUUCACCAUGGCAGACCAAGUUAAGAGAGGAACGGGGAAAGGCCCUAAUUUCUGUUUCUAUCACCCGCUAGGCUACCUCUUACCCAGUCCUACCAGAGUCUAGAGCAUGUGUUGUCUAGUGUCAUUGUUUAUUCAUACUAGUUUUCUUGUUUGUAUUGGGUACGUCAAAUUUUUUGGUGGAGUGUAAAACUGUGGUUUGAAAUUUUAAACAGGUUUUUGGAAUUUCUUCUGCCCAGUUCCAAAGACUGCUUUGAUCAUCAGUGCAAGAAAUAUGAGUUCGGGUUAUUAGAAUGGUUGACGAUUUGGUGUAUGUGGCGUGUCAAAAUACUUUCGAUGCAUUCAUCAAAGUACGAAUGCUUUUAACAUCAAUGAAAGACAACCGAUAAUAAUAGAUUUUAUCCCGAUAAUCGGUACGAUUUGCGAGGAAGCCAUUUUACUGCUAUAUCGAUGUGUCUUGUUGAAUGUGAAUUACUGAUAAGGUCUCUGUUGCUUUAGUUAUAGCGUAGCCGACUGCAAAAUAAUAUCUGGCUCUAGAUCUCAAAAUUUGUGAUGUCUCACGCUUGUUAUAAGUCUUUUUAAAACAUCUUUUUCUCCUCGACAAGUGAGAUCAAAAUUCUACCAAAACGCUUUCGAUAUUGCUCACCUAAGCGACACACACGACCCUUAUCACAUAAAUCCAGUGUACAGUCUCACAAAUGAGCUCUGUCGGUUAGAGGGGAUUCCAAACGCCUCAUCAAACCUGGCUAAAUUCGAAAAUUUUCGGGAACUCGCAUUUUCCUUUGUUUCGCGUUUGUGACAGUAUUUAAUGUUUCUUUGGUGAUUAAAAUCACUUCUGUCUUCGAGAGCGCUAAUCUGGCUUUUAAUCAUGUGUAGCUGCUGGUAAAUGUAUUUGCACCUGCAGGGCUCUCAUUUCAUAAAGAAAAUUAAUAAGAAAUAAAGUAGAACGAGGAUGGAAGAUGGAAAUCUUUGCUGGUUCUGUCAAAAUUCCGGGAAAAUUUGAGAAGACAGCGUGUUUGACUCAGUUUUUUACAUCCGGCAGAGGGAUAUAUUCAAAUAUAUUGUUCCUUAAAGCUGCAUUAAACGGUCGUAACACUCAGUAUUAUUAUAAUAAAUGUUUGUGCCAAAUGUCAAAACGUGGCAUCUUCAGCCAAUUCCAUUAAGAGAGAGACAUUAGUAUUUGCUUACCAAGCCACCACUAAUUGAAAUUUCAAUUACACCUUCGAACGUUAUUUCGCGACGCUCCUAUCUGUCUGUCUGUGUUCUGUAAGUCGGAAAAUAUCAUAAAAACGAGACUCAAAUUUUAUUUUAAAAAAAAAUCAGGAAAAAUUAUUCUGUAAAUCUUUUACUUCCUACCUUUCAAAGCAAUGUUGGUAAUUAUUUUGUACCAGAGCAUUUAAAGGUAGUUACAGCUUCCAUAUUUCCCAUAUUUGAAGAGAACACUAAAAGAACGCCAUAAAUAAUGAAAUGUUUAUUUUAAUUUGUUUUUACAACCGCCAUUUUGCUUCAAUUUUUCCGACGAAAUAUAAUAGAUGUGAAUUUCUAUAUUUUAAUAAACUGGCAUUUCUCAUUAGGGAACGUGUGGUUUGUGUGCUUGUUUUCCGAAAAAAAUUGUUUUUGCAAAUUUAUGAUAAUGUACAGAAUCAUCUUCUAUUAAAAAACUUCAGGCUGAUAAGAAAUGCGAGAGUAGUCGUAAUGAAUUUGUACAUCUUUAUUAGCCAAUACAAACUGGGUUCUGUUAUCUUAAAAUUAUCUUUAUCAUUUCCUUCAUUCUUUUUACCCAUGAGAAAAAUCUCUUGCAUCUUCCCUAACAUGACAUGCAUUAGUAUUGACUGUCGUCUCUAAAAAAAACUCGCUCAAACAAACCUAACAUGUUUGUUAUCAAGCGAAUGCAUGCUAAAAUGGGUUUAUUAAGGAUUGAUUGUUCUCAAUGCCUUUGAGUAAUGUUAAUCUAAACUUUGCCGGUCAUUUUCCACGAGAUCAGCUUUCAGUUGUUUUUCAUAAUAUUUAUAGUUUAGUCUUUCCAUUAAUGAAUAGAGAAAUUGGCGUCAAUGGUUUUGCUUUCGUUGCUUUUUUUCUCCACACCCCUCCCCACUCCCCGCCUCUCGCUUCACUCGAAUCCAGUUCCUCCUCGGCCCUUUUCACCGGAGUCUGUCCACUGAUUGCUCGCAGGAAAACAAUCUUUUCUUGGAAGGGUUGCCAUCGGCACUAAACGCUCUGUCCCAUCCCCCCUGGGGCCUAAAAAGCCAAUCUUGAUCGAAGUCUUAGCCACGAGUAAAAUCCCAACUUUUGAAAAGAAUGGCUAACUAUUUUUUGAUAGCUAUUUAUUUACAUGGUAAUAUAUAGAUUUAGGCAAGCCUAAAAGCGGAGCUCGCAUCUUUCUUUCCCGCACGUCUCUUAAACAAAACUAAAGCCCCUACUAUGGAUAAAGUGCGGGGUAAUAUUAAUGUAUUUUCAUUCGCAACUUCUCCGUGUCCGUGUAGAGGACUGAUUAUAAGAUAGUGCCCGUGGUACAGUUGGCUGCGCAUGCUAAAAGUAGCGCCUUGUGCGGUCGGUCGUACGGUCGUACAUCCUAAUUUUUUCGGUUUGAUGGGUUACUACUUUUUUGUAUAAUAAUGGGGCUACGCUCCGCGAGCUCCGCCAUAACGGUUGUAGGUUAACAAAAGCGUAAAGCAAUAAAAAAACCUCAAGGAAAGUACACAUGACGUGACUAAGCACGGAAUGCGUCAGUCAUGAUCAAGUCGUGAUUAGUUUGUAUUUCGCGUCUCUCGGUUGAACGCUUUAAUUUUGAAACAAGGGUUGAAACCAAUCCGUGAUUGCUUUGUGUUUGCACCAUACGUUCAGAAAUCGGUUUAGAAAACUGGCACACCCCUUCUCACCACAAAUCAGAUGUAAAAAAAAUCAUGAGUCACAUUUUCCAACACUUUGGAGGGUUUGACUGUUUCGCCUUGAGUUCUUAUCGGCUCUCUUUGAUAUUUUCAUGACUUAUGAUCAUAUUCAAUCGAAAUACGCUCUAAUACCCGUUUUAAACCAGUUUACCCAAGACACUGAAUUUUAAAUUGUCAAUCUAAAAAUAAAUUAUGAAUUCGAAUGAGAAACGCAAGGAUGCGAUGAUAAAAAACAAGGUUCCUGGCAUUCGGACAGUUCCGUUACAGAAGUCUGUGUUACAGCAAGAGAGGUCACAGUGCCAUUCAUGUUCUUUGCAUUCCUCGCCUGAACAUGUUUCAGGAACAUUGCAACCCAUGGCGUAACUCACUUCCAGUUUUUCUGUUUCGGAUCUAACCCACCUUGUUCGCUUAAUCUUAUAACAAAUGUCUCCUUGGCGAGUGCACUCAACUGCUGUUAGAUUUUCUCGGCAGUUACUCCAUGAUUCUGGUGAAUAACAUUUGUAACAGCGGAGCUUUUGUCCUUGUGUUUGUGACGACCUUUCUGUCAAGGAAGACGAGUAAAAGUUGUCAGAUUGCUUCUGUCGUAAUCUUUAUUUAGAAAAAGUCGAUUGAACAAUGGACCCGAGCGCGGGAAAGUCAUGAGCUGAGAAGUCAUAUUUGUCUUAAUUUCCUCAUUUUAAAAGUAAUAAUUUUCCAAGACAGACAUCAUAUAGAUGGUGUUAAAUUUACGAACGUAUGGGGUUUUGUUUCUGUUUUCUGUCAUCCUGUACUCUUCUUUAACCACAGCAGAUUAGUAGACGAACGUACUGUUAUUAGGAAUUAUUACUCUCUCGGCCAGUUGAGAGGCAAAAUUUCAUUUACGAUAUGCUGUCAAUGACAAACGGCUGUUCGCCAUGGCAACUGCAAAACCCCCUGCUUAGUCCGACCCCACAGAAGAGCAUAAUGAGUUUGUUUACUUCGUUCAUAAUCUUUCACUGAAUCAAUCAAAGUCGUUUUCAAACAGUGUUCUCACACGGGUUGUUAUCAGUGAAAUUCGGUGCAUUUGCAGUUUGGGUUCAAAAAGCAUGCGUGUGCUCCUGUAAAUCACGUGAACACCAGCAGGAGAAAGGACGGGCUUAAUGCGAUUUCUUUGCAAACAAAGCAGCUCCAAAUUUUGGUACUUUCCUUCAGGGGCUUUUCGCAUCCCACGUAUUUCAAAGGAUAUGCAGUUUUAUGGGGAAAUCAGACUUGCUCAUCAGCUACCAGAUAGCGUCAGUCCGACAAAUCUUCCUUUCUCUUUAAUCCCCGGGUAUCAGACAGCAACAGCAACUAUUAAAAUUUUGUUUUGAUGAAAAAAUAAAAUGAAAAAAGUAUAGAAAAUAUAGAAUUAAUUUUCGUUCUUCUAGGCGGAAGCACUUAAGCUACUGAAAAAAUUAAUGAAAGAAAAUCAACGACUGAAGUAAACAUGCCCUUACGUACCGAUCGCCGACAUGAGAGGAAGCAAGCGCAUAACAUUACAUAACUUCUUCAAAAAAACAAGCUUGAUCUUCGUUCGAUGGUGAAAUUUUCGGCAAAGUUGUAGAGGCGAAUUGUUUUUUGGAACUUGAUUUUCCUUGCUGACAGCUUUAUUACGUUCAAUAUGCGUCUUAGUUCUUCAUAACAAGUUAAAAACCUGUAAGAGACAGGUGGCAAGUUUUUUUAACUUGAUUUGCCUUGCUGACAGCUUUAUUACGUUCAAUAUGCAUCUUAGUUCUUCAUAACAAGUUAAAAACCUGUAAGAGACAGGUGGCGGUUAAGUCACUAAUUUAUUCAGUGACAAGAAAUUUGAAGUGUUCGAGUAUUUUCCGAGUCAGCCAUCGAGGUAUUUAUUGACGUUCUAACGUUUAUUUACUCUUCCUUCCUUUUAAAAGGGGGUCAUUAAACCGAACAUCGCUCUGUUGUUUAAAUGAGAAAUAAGAUUUGAGUUCCCUUCUGUUUAUUUAAAGCGUGUAGUCGAGGUUGUAUGCAAACGAAAAAAUGUCUUUUUUGGAACUUAUGUGAUGGUCAAAAGACACGUUUUUUUGUGUUUGGACAGUUUCUUAUCGGACCUUCCAAUAAGCCAAUCUCAUCCAAAGUUUUAGUUUUUAUCAACCAAUCACAUUUGAAGUUGUGGUUUAAAUCAACCGAUCGGACUUUGUCAGUCUUUGAAUGCAAAUUUUCCCUUUCUUUCAUAACUUGGCUAUUCUUCUUCUCUCGGAAAUUGUAAUUUUUAUGAUUAACUGGUAAUAAGACUUCCUGUCGUCCAAUUAGGUCUGUAAUCAUACUCGUGAUAAGCAAAUCGGACUCCCGCUGCGCGGUCGUCCAAUUUUGUUAUCAAUCGUAUUAUUAAAAAAUAAUUGGACACCACUCAGCCAUAUUACUCUUACUAAAAAUUCGUAGGAAACUUUAAACGGAUGCUUCCGAUUUAGUGACGAAUUGAUUCCAAAUUUCUGGGACUGUGUUGAUUAUUUUACCUCCGUAGACGUAACAAAAAGUAUUUGUGCUUUUUUUUCCUUUUUCCAAAGGAGCGGGGACUGAAGUUAUAAAUUUUCAUCGUUGUAAGCUCGUUUUUUCUUUCGAAAAUGUAGUUUAUUUUUUAUUUCUUUUAAUUCUAUCAAAAUAGUCAAAGCCGCACUUGGCCUAUCUCCCUUUUUAUCGCUUAAACAUGAAAAAACAAUCGUCGUUAUCUUCGUAAUUUUUAUCUUAAGUCAAUAAAGGCUUUUCUAAUCGUUAUAGUCAGUGGGUCAGUGACUUUGACAUGUUUGAUCUGUUUUCUGCCGAUAAAAACGACCAAAAAAAAAAGAUGACUAGCAACUGAGUCACUGCAGCAGAGUCCCUUAUAUCAAAUCUUCAAGAUGUUGACAUUUGUCGUGAACAUUUCACGUGAACUCGGUCCUAGGAAAUUUCGCGAACCGGAAGACCAUCAACUGUGCUCGAAAAACUCGUUGAUGGUAUGUACAAGCUUCACUGAUGUAAGCUUUCGGUGUCGGAAAGUUGAUUUGCAUAUAGUUUUGCGUACACGGUGUCAUUUAUUUUCAACCGGGUCAGGUGCGUAACGAUCAUUGAAUUGAUGUUUUAUCUUGACAUUAAAGCUAAAACUUUCGAAACAAGGACUUGUCUAAUUUCAUCUUUGUCGGUCUAGUAACUGUUAGUGCGGAAACAUCAUGCUAAGUAUUUUCAAUAACGGCGAAAAUUUUGUCAGUAAUCAAGAUGAAAUUGCUAUGACUACGAAUCAAAUUCCAAGUUGGUCUGUCGCGUUUCUGUUGGUUUCACGUCUCUUGUAUGUAAAUAUUAGCCUGGCGGCUCCGAUUCACUCUCAGCUGUUUCCAAUUUUUAUUUUCCGAGUGAACCUUUUAACUCCCAGAAGUGAUUAACUAAUAACUUCCCCCUACAAUGCCCAUGCACUAUCCAGCAAACAGGUAAUGAGAAAACUCAAAUGUGUCGGGCAGAAUUUGUUACCUUGAUCUAACACCAAAUUCUCGUCACUAAUUUACAAGGAAAUGUGUAGCAGCUAGAGGGGAGAAUUAACAAGCAGAUCUUGGGAUUGAAAGGGUUGAAGAGAAAAAGACAUCUUUUAAAAUACUGCGUCGCAAUCCGCUAUAUUUUCGCCGAUUGUUCAAUUCAGUUGGAUUGCCGAAUUGGUCAUUGCAAAAAUCCACCUUUGAUAACGUUUUGGGAAAGUUGGCAGAGAUGACAAUGUUUAUUUUAUCAAAAUAGCAGGAAAAUUGCGGGGAUGUCAGUGUCGCCUCAAACGUCAAGAGAUAAUUUCUUCUUGAGAGCUACCGCAGUUUUCUUAAGCUUCUGUGUUUGGAUAUGAUUGUGUCAAAUAUCGCAAAGCGGGGUUUCUUGAAUUUUAUUAAAAUCUAGAAAAAAGACUUUUCAUAUGCAUUUCUAUACCAAGUAUAAUGCCGUCAUUUCAGAUCGUUUUAAUUAAAAAGAUUAGUGCGAUAAAGUUUUUACAUAUAAGUUUUCAGGUGUUGUAUUUCACCUUUCUCGUGAUGAUUUCCAUCGACAGGAAAACUUAGCGUAGUUGGUAUAUUAUGUUAGAAAGUGAAAGGUAAUCCUGGACACUGAUCAUUUUUAGUGAUCGUGCCUUUUAGUUUAUGAAUAAAAAUUUGAGCCUUAAGGCAAGUACGAUUUGGAUUUUUUUUAAAAGAGGAAACCGGAAAACUCGACUCCGAAGACAACUGCUUCAAACAGAAAUUAACAACUGAAAGGUUUCAGUCAGUUAGAAAUGACUUGAACGCAUCAUAUUUUUUUUAAACAUUUGUCCCGAUAACCAGUUGAUCAGUUAAAGUUUCCGAGGUAGAUUAUGUAUCAAACUCCAGUGUGAUAUAUAGGUUUUGUGAACGAGGAUCUGAAUCUUGAGAUAAAUUUCUAUAUUGAGGCCACAACAUUAUAUAGAUAAUGAAAAUGAAUUAAAUAAAUGGAAAUAAAGUAAUACCUUGCUUCGAUGUACAGUUUGCAAGCAGGAAAGCAAGGAGAAGCGUUCUCCUCCACAACUUCAUCACAGACCCAAGCAUGUCUCUCAUGUUUCGUUGAUGUAUACCGUGAAAUUGUUAAGGCGCCGUCUUUGUCACUUGAUCUGCGUCACCGUGUUACUUAAUGGUGUUACUGUGUUAUAUUGCUUUGUAAGACCCUUUUUGUCCGCACAGCUUUUAUUUGUUUUAGUAUUAUUGACAGACAGAAUUAAGCAUGGAACACAGGCAUACCACCCAAUGGCACGUCGGAAAGACUCUUGAGCCGGUUAAACGAAAUGUGUAUGUGUUCUGAUUGUGGCAGAGAAUGAUAAAAUUUGCAAUGCCUAUAGAUGUGAAAAUCUCACUUAGUGGAAUGAAUUAUUAAGAUACUGACGUGUGGGGGUUUUUUUUUUGCCUCUUUCAACGUCCUCUUACGGGAUCACUCUAUCGCUGAAUUCAUAAGUCAAUGUGGAGGUUGAGAGCGCUUCAGAAGAAACUGUUUAAAAAGGAGAAGAUGGCAAAUCAGUACACGUCUGCGUGUUAUCAUUUUAGGCCACUUUUCCAAGACCUUGUGAAAAAGAAUUUUCAUAGCUUUUAAUUCAAAACCGUCUUUCAUAUCUUCAUAUCCUUGUAAGUUGUCUUACAUGUAAACACAAUUCGAAGGUUGGUAAGCCUGUGCUUGGACAGUUGCCACUUAAAAACUUCUUUAUUCUCAAAUAGCCAACAGCAUUUAGAGACUUAUUUUCAGGCCAAGGCUCCGUUGGAUGAAUUUACUGCUCUCGAGAUGAUGAUGAAAAAUCCAGUGAAAUUCAAAUUUUCAGUUUCAAUUCUUAAUCAUUCCUUGACGUGUGUUUCAUUUUCAUAAUUGAAAUGGAAUAGCUGACGCCAUGUUAGACCUGUUAGCUAUUUAAUUUCGGCGGAAAUACGAACGUCAAUGUAUGUGUUUCUUUAUUUAUUUAAUACUGAAAAACAGAUGUCUAUUUUGUUGGGCUCAUACUUGAACGUGCGUGCGCUGGACUGACACAUGACCAAAAAAUGGGAAAACUACGCCUCUUCUUUUGUUAUUUUCAGUUAUUUGGGAAACUCUUACACUGAUUUCUUUUUCAGGUUCUAUUUAUAAAAACAAAAGAAGCUUCCAAUUUAGACUUGUUUUUUUAAUCUCUGGAUUAUUUGCUUUCUUGAAUGACACCCAAGCAGAAAGUGAAGUAACGAUGAAUAUGUAUAUGUAUAUAAUAUGUAUUUGUUUGUGUAGACCAUUUGUAAUUAACCGGUCAACUUGAAAUGAAUUUAGCUGUAGACUAAUUGCGCUGCCUUUCUCUUAAUUCGGUACAAAAUUAAACCGUCGAUUUGUUUUAUUUUAUUGCUCAUGAAAAAGCAUUUUGGCCAUGUUAAGUUUCCCUCAAUGUCUAUUGUACAAAAAUGUUUUAUUUUGAGGUAUACAGUUUCCCUUUAUUGAAUAAAAAUUUCACAAAAGAUAAGAAAUGUAAAGAUAUCCCUUCACAUAAAAUUUAGCCACUCAGUCGAAAAAUGAGAUGGAUGAUUUUGAUUCGAGGCAGUGAAGCUUAUGUAAUCAGAUGAAUUGCUGUUGAAAAUGUACAAUUUUUUCUAAAGUUUUAAAUGACAUUUUCCCAGCCAAUCCACAGAGUUGCUGGCAUAGUUAUCCGUGAAGUAUAUCAGUUCCGGUUACGCAUGAUCCCUGUAAGUGUUGUUUGGAGCACAUGCAUGGCAAUUCGGGACUUAUCCCGUAUCAUUUCAGGUCACAAACCCGUUUUGUUACUAAGUAAUUCGGGACUUAUCCCGUGUCGUUCAAGGUCACAGACCCGUUUUGGCACAAGUCAAUCGGGACUAAACCCGUCUCAUUGCGGGUCGUAGUUCCGUUUUGUUGCAAGUCAAUUGGGACUCAUCCCGUAUCAUCGUGGGUCGCAGACCCGUUUUGGUACAAAUCCAGUGGGACUUAUCUCUUAGGCAGUGCGGGUCAAACGCGGUGAUACCCGUGUAAGUGAAAAUCAAAUUGAACUUUUUUUCCUAGUAUUGCGGACUGGUUGUGUUUGUUCGUAUUUAAAAAUCUUCUAUUUUUUUUAAAGGUGCUUGAAAACGCCUAGCACUUAGAGAACACAAUUCAACUGUAGAAGACAAAUCAAAAUUACCAGCACACCUCCCAGCAAUGUGUUCGUCAUAUCAGCCGCUCGUUUUGUUGCGGUGUUACAGCCGUCGCGAUGACAACAGUCAAUCUGGCAACUUGUACUACGCUUCUCGCAAUCUUUGACAGCGCACAGUCUUGCUUGACCGCACAUUUUUAUAAAAGCUUCUUUGUAUCCUUUGUUUGAGCUGUCAUCCUUUGUCACUUUAUGUUGCGUAAUGCAGACUUCAUCGUGACCAGGUGUACAAUCGACAAGUUUUUCAGUCUUUUUACAGUCCUCCCAAGAUUUAUACGAUAAACAAAGGUAGCAUUUGAGAUCCGCACCAACACAGGGAACUGAAAAUGAUAAUUAACAAAGAAAUGAAGCUAUGCGGAACUCAAACAAAGGGGUACGUAGACAAAGAACACAAAUUCUUUUAACCGCAUUUCCGUUGAGGGACCUACAAUAGUUUUCGAAAGUAAUAACAAUGUUUGUAGUGUUUUCGUUUUUAAGAAAACUCCUUUUAAUUUGACGAGCAGCCUUUUCAGCCCGGUCUACACUUUUAAUAAUAGCGUUCUUAUUAAUUAUUCGAGUGAAAGUUCCACUAAGAGGUUGUCUCAGUAUGACUCCACUCAACAGUGCCAGCUCAGUUUCUAUUGUCUUCACAACUCUUUCAUAAGUAUAAUACUGAUAUGUUCAUGAGAGAUUCAAGGCUCGUGUGCUCCUCGAGAUCUCGUUCGCAAAUAGCGAGGCCGGAUAUUUCCCUGAUUUACCGGGAGGAAACUGGUAAGGUCGUUGGCGGCUAGUCAUGAAUCAGAUGAGUCUUAAAUUUCUCAAACUGUGUCCAUAUGACGACAAUCUCAGACCAGUUUCAUAGAUUUGUUUUAGUUAAUCAUUGUACAGUAAGGAGUUUUAGAGAAAUUGCACUGAGAAUCAUAGAACAAAUUACGUCCGGUUGCGUGUUAUGGAAUUCGAGAACAUCACUAAAUUGCUUCCGUGCCACUUUUUUCGGAAAUCCGAUUCUCUUCGAAAUUAUCUUGAAAAGCAAACAUAACCUGAUGGUAAUACCGUGAAACAGCAUCUGUCUUAAUCAUCACGUACUAGGGUUUCAAUGGCAAGUUUAGGUUGUUUCAGAGUGAGAAGGUUCUUUAUGGGCCACGAACAAACUUCCCUGAGUCAUGGUCUAAUUUCGUGCAGGCGUUAUUAAACAAGUAUGAAAGCGGAAGAAGAUCCAACUCAGAUUAUGUCGACGUUUUCGAAUUCUUUGAGUAAAAAUAUGAGUCGAUAGGUGUCAAAUUGCUAAAACCGACGUUCAUCAAGAUUGCAACAAUUAACUAAGAAAGCUUUGCCAUACAACAAACGAAAGUGUUCAAGGUUCCUAACCCCAGGCGGGACUUCCUGUAUAUUUCCUAAUAUCUUAUUUGUAACAUUUAUUAAAACAGUCGAUCUUUGCAUUUGGUCUGAAACUUCAUAUCGAGUUCAUGUCUAGUUUUUAGUAACUGCAGGAAGUAGAUAUAAGGAACUAUUUCUCAGUCGUGCAAUACGGAGUAUAGAAUUGUAUAAAGGAAAUUAUUAUGCAGAAAUUUCUUCUUGUAUCAAUUUUUUUUUCUGAGCAGAUUUCUUCACCCAACAUUACUUUUCCUUUCAAGAGAGCAGAGCUUGAGAACGUGGCGGUUUGAAAUUUCAUUUCUGAAAUGAAUAUAUGAAUUGUAUACGAAUUUAUAUAUUAGAUUUCCUUCAAAUCGUUCGUCAUCUGAGAACGAUAAACCUACACAAAUCCAUCCAAGUUCUUGUUUAAGAGAUUAUUGCAUUGAUUUUGUGGUAACCUUUGAGGCCGUUUAAACUGGUUUUCUAAUUCUUACUCUGAAACAAAUUUCCUUGAAAGUAGAAUUGCUUAUUAAAGCGCAAGUUGUUGUUGAUGUAAGAAUUAUCAGCCUUUUAAUGAUGUGGUCUAGCAACUAUUAUUGUUUGGUAACUACUACAAUCGCAACAAGUUACUAACUGACUGCAGUAAAUUAUACUUUGAGGAACAGCGAGCAAGAAAUGGGAGUGACUCGUUGGUUUCAUCUUUUACACUCUUCAGUUUUAUCUACGAGGAAUUAAACCGGAACUGUUGCAUUCCGUUGAUUUUUUCCGCCAUUAGAAUUUAUUUGAAGCGAUUCAGUUGAAUUAUUGCUGAUAAUAUUUUCUUCUCUCGACCAUUCCUCAAAUAAGUAGAAUAGAUUGAGAAAAAAAAUAAAAAUUGAGUCAUCACUAGAGCUUUCAUAAAUCUGCACGUGAAAUAAAAAAAGAGCUUGUCGCUUACCCACAAACAUCAGUAGCAAUACUGACAACGAAGAUGAGUAUAUCUUCUCAAGCUUCAUUUUCGCAAACAGCCAAGUUAUCCCCGGUCGACAACUUAAAUGCCAGCCUCCAGAAUACAAUUGCCUCGAAAUUUCCAUCUGCGAAGAUAUUUAAACCGGUUUCGAGCCCUGACAGGCACUGAUGUGAUAGCCACAUUUCCGCGAAGCUCAGUGCACAACGUAGCGAUUGACAUAUCUUGUUUGAGGUCUUACAUGACUGACAGUCUUCAAGGUCACGUGCCCGUAUGGUUGGAUAAACAUCCUAAUUAUUAUAAAAUUAGCAUUUUAUAACGAGGGUUUCAUUUCUUAAGCCAAGUUUUUAACAAACUUCACCGAUGUGUUGUACAUAAUUGUGGGGUCUUGCUGGAUGACUAAUGGCGUACAAAGCACGCUUUUUAUGCCUCAGUAACUUUGCUUUUGGUAACUUAUACUUGCUUUUAGUAACCUAUACUUGAGCCAUCGUACCUCAAGUUGAAAGCUUAUUACCAUUUCCUAACGUCACAUAGUAGACAACAUGGUGAUCAGUGUGCAUACUCACGUUCCUCUGUACACCAUUCUUGAGCAGCACCAACGGUGGACCAAAGAAGGGUUUACUCGGUUUUUGCAAAAGAGUGUGGUUUUCCGUUUUUAGUGAACAAUGGUACGAAAAGGUGCUCAGCACAGACGAUAGAUAACGAAACUGUGAGGGAUAACUGCACGAUACUUAUUCGUGCUCUUGGUUCCCAUAAAACUUUCCUUAUGUCAAUUAUGUUGAGUUUUGAUCCAUGUAUUUUGACGUCAGUUGGAUCUGGACCAACUAGGGAUUGUUUUGGAAGCUUUUAUCUGUUCCGUAAACUAUUUUCUUUCUAAAUAUUUCUUUAAUUUAUGUUAGUAAAUAAUCACUUUCCUCGUUGAUUUCUUCUGUCCAUCUGGAUUCCUGUGUUCACAUCUUGUUUAAGUAAAGCUAUUGCAUAUGGGUUAAGAACAGAUUAACAAGGUUAUAUCCAUUUUAUUGAUAGUUUGUUGGUUUAUGGUAAAGUUUCGUUCACUUUCGGUGUGUUUUAUCAUUAGGACAGAACGUAAGCUGGACUAUUUCCGGGUUCUUUUGACGAGAGACUAUUUGCAUGCAUGAUUCAAAUUAAUUGUUGUUAAAUUUGGAGGCUAAAACAAUCUUCAUAUGAAAAGUUUCUCUCAGAAAUUAAAAACAAAAGAAAUGACCUUCAACCUGUGGCUUUCCGGACAUAGUUUUCUUCCUGUUGAAAACCUGUCUUUGAAUUUUUUUAUUGCCUUGGCACUUUUCCUCAUCCAGAUCACCACUUUUGCUUCUAAUCUGAGUGACAGCAUUUACUGCACCGCUACUGGGUAUGAUAAUGUCAAUGACAGGCAUUUUGAAUCAUCGUUGUGCACUCUUUCCAGUUUCUUCGUUGAGGUAAUCAACUGGGGAGUUUUUCUUCUUUUCAUGUUCCCUCUACUUUGCUGAAUAGGUCAACAAUGAUACUUAAUUUUGAAAAGUACUGGGAAUCAAGUUAAAAACGCAUGGGAGUUGAGGCGCUUUCAGCAAACCUGUGACCGUUUCUCUCUGGAAACGGUGUAUUGCGUUAACCGCUUAGGACUUUCGUUGACAUAGAAACUGAGUCUCUUGAAAAAGAUGACUUAAACGUUGGAGGUGGUAUGAUACUUCUCGCGGACCUGAUAAAGAAUACUUAGCGGUAUAUGUUUUGUCGGUGAUUAAAGCCUGACAGGUCUUAAGAAGUGGCAAUAUGCAGUGACAUUAGUACAGAAUUGCGAGUCGUUUUAAAACUUUACACCUAAGUCUUUAAGUUGAGUGAUCCGCUACGUACCCGCUAUGACCAUCUACAAAGGAAAAUUUAUUCCCUACGGGUAAAAUGCCCCAGUCUCCUUUAAAGGAUUAAAUAGGUGAUAUAUUCGUUGGAGUGAUUUCAUGAAAGAUAUAUGGCGAUUAAAUUCACGAACAUCAGUCUCGUCACCAACAUUGUUCGAGUUGAUAGUUCCGUGCUAGCUGUAUUGCAUAGAUCCUCAUGACAGCAUUUAGGGUCGCACCGCGCUCCAUAUUUUUCGCAGUUUUUGUUUGUGCACAAAUCUGCCGUACCACAAGUUCUGGAAAAAAGUUCCUCGUAUUCAUCUCCAGUGAGUUCCUUGUAACGCACUAGAUGUUCUUUGAUGCAAACUUCGUCGUGCCCAUUAGGACAAUUUAUGAGUUCCAUUUUCGCAUUGCAUUCCUCCCAAGAUAUGUUAGAUACACACGCAUAACAUCUGAGGGCCUCACUGCAACGAGGCACUGAAAAAGGAAUAAGGAAACGCUGAUAAAUUUCCUACCGGAGCAAUCUCGUUUUCAGGGUUUUCGAAGGGAUAAGUCCUUGGAACGAGUUUGCAACUGUUGUCACGCAAUCUGUUAUUUUCACUAACUAAAAAUAAAGUGAUUGUCAUCGAUAUUCUCACUGGAUUAGACUGUUGUGUCAUUCGGUUCUUGUCUGACGUCUGCAACAAAAGCUUAGUUUAGUAAGAACAUAUCUUCUCGUCUUUCUGAAAGAGGAGAUCUGUCUGGGCUUUUAAAAUCCCAGUCAGACUGACAUUUUUCCUUUUUCUCGUUUGGUCCGAAUCUUUUAUUUCUGGUUGCCUCUCAGCAGGAAGUUACAGUGCAUCAGCUCGUUUAAACCAUAGGCCCUCAGGGAUUAGGAAGGUUUAACAGGCAAAUGAGCCUAUGGCCCCUAUCAUUGGAAAGUUAUGGGCCAUUUAUAAAACGUUUGGGCCAUUAGGGUAAAUAAAUGGGCCAGUAAAAAAAGGUUUAUUGCUUGUGUAUUACAGUCUAUACCUAUACGGAGACAUGGUUUUUAGGCAUGAAAAACCGUUGCCAUGAAUAACCAUCCGCUAUAUUAACUUCAAGUGAUCUUCAAGGUUUUUGAAAUGUCGUGUGACCACCAGAACAAAACGGUGAUGAUAAAUUGCUAUCAACCAUUCGGCAGUUCAGUAAUUGGCAGUGGUCUUCUAUAAAAGCUGCACUAACCUGACACUAACCAAAUGAAACAUAAUUGUUUCUGACAUCAGUUAUGUUUCUUAAUUACUUUGUUUUUGACAACAAAAAAUUAUUUGUUUUGACCAUUAUUGUUAUAACCAUAUUUUAAGGUCAGAAUAAGUUCAAUAACAGUAAAUGUUUGUUCGUUUUGCCAAUAACAAAUAGGUUACAGAUUUUAAACCAUUAAGUUUAGGUUAAACCAUCUGUUUCGUCCGUUUUACGGUCGUUUUCGCUCAUAGUAUCACGUAUCACGAUUCUGCUCCGCUGUUGUGUUGAAAAAUGUAGACAACGUUCUCUGCGAGCUGUCCAAUCUCAAGACUUUUUUCGGAGGCAUGAGGCUAAUCGAUGCAAAUACAUUCAAAGCGACGAAAACGCUCGAACUCUGCUCGAAAACGAAAGCACAUGGAACUCCGAGCAAUAGCCUCGUUUGCAUGCAAAGUCCGAGUUCAGGAUCUGGGAACAAGAAUGAAGCGAGCGUGAUCAAACGAGCGAAGGCACCGUAGUUUUUCGCUUGUUUAUGUCUCACCAAAGUGAAACUUUUACAAAUUAAAAUCCUUUUCACAAAAUAGUUUAUAUUUCACUAGCUUUGUGCGGUCAGGGCGCAUCACAGGCCCGGUAAGUAUUUUUAUAAUGGGCCAUUUCGUAGCUUUAUGCGCCAUACGCGCAUGGCGCAUGGCCUUCCUAAUCCCUGGCCCUAGAGCUUUUCUUUGUGCAGUAUGAAAAACCUCGAGUACCAGGUGUACGGUUUUGUUGUUCUCGUAAUUUUGUAUAGUUUUAGGUUUGGCUUCUUACGGAUAUUUUAUAGUACAAUUGAUUGAUGGAAUGCAAAUACAACAUGAAUGUUUUUUCUUUUUGCCAAGUUUUUUGUGUUUCUCUUAAGAGAAAAAAGAAGAGGAGCGGAAAAUGAAUGCAUCAGAAUGGGAAGACAAUAUGUGUAUUUGCACUUUGUUUCUUGGUCGUUUCUGAUGCUUCACAGAAUAGAACCUAUCCUGUCGGGUGACACAAAAACCAUUUGUGAAGGUCUUUGUGUGACUCUGUGAAAAAAAAACAACAAACAACGCCGCAUUUGUAAAGCAGCAUAUGUAUUGUGCUCCCGCUGGCACAAAUUUCACCGCUGUGAAUGUUAAGUUACAAAUGAAAAUAUUUUGAAAUAUAAACUAACUGUGGAAAACAGGUUUUUAUAGUGUACAUGUUUCGCUGUGCACCUUUCCUUCAAUCCCCAUUAGCGUAAAAUCGCUUGUGAUAUUGAAUCACAUCUGUGUCGCAACUUCAAAGGUCAUUCUCAGUGAUUUGCAUAACUUGUGACACAGUACAACUAAUUAAACGAAUCUCCAGAGGAACCUUCGGGUAACUUUCCUAAAUCGGAAGUUUUUUUAAAAAAGAAAAGAAAAGUAAACUGAAGGACAAUAAUGAUAUUAUUUUGGUCGGAGAGUAAACUAAAGCUCCCUUACUCUAUUGUGAUAAUUAGACCAAUUUGAAUUGUUCAGUUGACUACACUGAAUGUUGCGAAAUAUUUUAGCAAUUAAAUGGAGGAAACUUCUCUUAUUUCGUUGCUUUCACACAGAAUAGACCAAGAAGCUCCCAAACCAAUUAAUAUAUCAUUGUGGUGACUUUUUUCAAAGUCUCUCAUAUAAUUUGAGUUUGAAUGGUGGCCUUUCAAAGCGAUUGCAUUCAAAGUGAUUGUUUGCAAUCCUUAAAUCUGUGAAGGAAAUAUUUGCCCAUUGGCGCUGAUUUGUAACGCAGAGGUUUUACACAGAUUGUUCGUAUAUUUCGCAUGUUUUCAUUUCAUUUGAUACCGUGUGCUCGAAAGCAAGAACUAAUUUAUUUGUUUGCAUCGAUUGUUUGCCAUGGUUAUUAUUAGCUGUUAGCAGAUUUCAAUGUCAGCUUAGAAUGUAACAAAGAAAUUUAAAAGAAAUUGGCCUCGGAUACAAAGACAAUUGACUAUUCUGCAACUUCUUAAAAGAAAACUUUCGUCUUUGCAUCAAAUUAAAUACGAACAUUUCGUGACUUGGACGUCUUCACUGUGGCGUCUUCACUGUGGCCUCUACACCAUUUUCAUGUAAACAAAACAAAACAUCUUACUUACCCUUUGUCAGUAGAACUAAGACAAACGACGCGUAGCGAAGAAAAUUCGAGCGCAUUCUUCCGCUCUCAGGAUUGAAGAGCUAGCAGCUUUCUUCGUCAGAUCCUUUUGUAGUGUUGGCUUUUUGUAUUCCAGUCGAAAUGUGACUCGUAAUGUUAGAACGAUCUAUUAGUAGCAAGAUCUCGUGACACGAACUGCGUGCGCGAGAAUUAAAGCGUGACUGUGUCGUGUAUUAGGAUUACUUUCGGGAACAAGAGAUCAUCGUGACGUGUGUUCGAAAAUGACGGCUGAAAAUUACAAAGUGUAAUGGGGAGUUUGUUUAGUAAUCUUAAAUUUCUUAUUUUGUGAAGUUUUUUUUUCUAAAAGCAGAUUUUUCAGUCAAGUCGCUCUUUUUUCCUCUGAUAUUGAUUUUGUAAAUUUAAAUUCGGUCGCCAAGUAAGAGUGUAUAUUUGCAUGUCAUUGUUAUUGUCUGAGGGGAAGGCAGGGAAUGUUUGCCUCAAAGGAUUAACUUUUGCAAGAGGGCAAAUGUUUGUUUUUUGUAUUAGGUCAUUUUUGUUCGUCUCCAGCUCAUGCACACACUUAAAAAAAGGUGUAUAAAAAGUUUCAAGGGAUUUUGCUAAUCCAAGAAAGUCUGCCGGUGCCCUCUGCUCUAAGGUGACCGCUAAAACCAUUCGUAGUUGUUCUGGUUGUUUAGCAAGUCGUUGGGUGUCUGACAGAUACACCCACACAUUUUUCAUUUUAUAUUUUUUUGCUCAGCAAAUACACGGAAAAGACAUUCAGUUCACCAAGUGUUGCACUUUAUUCACAGCAGUGUAUCCGCUUCGUGUAUUUUAGGAACACAGCUUGUAUCAAAGAAUUGAUCUUAAAAUGUGUUCAAGUAGCUGCAAAGAUUAAAGUCAAUAUUAUUUACCCUUAACUUUACAUAAAAUUUGAAAACAUCAAAAAUUAUCAAACGUGUUUCACGCGAGCGUUCCUCUGACAAGUUAAACCGUCUGUUUUUACUUUUGGUCACUACUUAUUUUGAUGUACAAUUUUUUGCGCAGCUUUUCUCAUUUUUAUUACACAAUUGUGCUUUAUUGUCGGGUUUCAAAUCAAAAUGUAAAGUUUACCCUUGGCUUAUGAAGUGAUACGAUUCAUAGCUAUUGGUAAAAUUAUUCAAGAACCUUCAUUGUUACUAAGAGUGCAAUGUGAUCCAGAAAAAUAUGCAAAUGACUUGAAUCUCAUGAUAAUAGCGUAGGAGGAUUUUAUCUUGAUUAUUGUAAGAGUGAAAAAGUAACAAGUUUGAAACGAAUCUUUUUCUUUUUACCAACGUCUUCCUGAAAAGUGUAAACAUUUGACGUGGUACUUUCUGUGAUUUCCUAAUUUCCCGAUUUCCUAAAUUUACGAGGAUGUCACGUAAUAUUUGCGCGCCUGAUACUGAAAGGGAAAUUUUUCUCAAUUGUUAAAUUAAACCCACUGUGGCCACAGAGUAGUAUCUGUAUUCUCGAAUCAAGUUGUUGAGGAAAAGAGAUGUCAAAAAAAAUCUAUAAUUAUGAAUUUUAGUCACAACAUAAAGUUUAUUAAUCAUUGGUGACAAAUUUAGGAGGAGCGUUUUGCAUUACGGUUGUGAAAAUGUUGUUUUUUGAAUAGCCUGGAUAGAAAUCAUGACAUGCGCGACAUUCUGGGAACAGCCAAGUCAAUUGAGGUCAUGAAGGAAGUUUGUCAGACGUUAAAAGAGAGGGUACAGGUUUGUAAUCGUACUUUGUUUUGUCAACAAUUUUUGAACCUCACGAUGUUACUGCAGAAAUUAGACUCUAUUUUCGGUUAAUUGAGCAGUUUUGAAAUCAAUUAGAAAGAAAGACGAAACGCAGGAUGAAGAAACCCAAUAUCGUUGGGCGAAAUUUUAGAUUAUGAAUUUAUGGCUGAUCGAUUGAAUGUCGCUAUAAAGAAUUGCUGUAACGAAACGUUUUGUCCCAUUGUUUUAAUCCAUCUCCAAUAAAACUUCUUUAAGUAAUUAAAAGUCACAAUCCCUCUGCUAAAUAGGCUUGGUAUUGAUAAAAGCUACAGUGAUGCUUGUUAUCACUGGUUUCAGAGAGACAUUGAAGAAAAUGGCGAGCCAGAUUCCUCAGAGAUUCCCUAUUGGCGGUGUCAACCAUAUAUCAGGUAAGAACCUAGUUCAAGCGGACGUUUUCCAGUGGAGCGAUCUUAGGCUUGAAGUCAAAGGUGGUUUAGUCUCCGAAAAGAGUGUAAAAUCCGGUCACUGUAUUUCACAUGCAGUCUCAUGGAGCCAAAAAGUUACUCACUGAGCGCACUCAUUUAUCUCACAAUUGCAGAUCAAAUACCUCAGUCAAACGAACACUCGACCAGGUGAAAGAAGAGGAGGAAAGAAGCAAAGAGGUGGCAAAGCUGCGGGAGAUGAGAAAAGCGUUGAAGAAACAGAAAGUUAAAGCGCGAAGAGGUAAUUUGACUUUGCUUUAUUUGUUUAUUUUAUUUAUUUUUUUUGGUGUUUUUUUUGUUUCUUUUUUAACUGGUUUUGAUGCAUAUUCUCUGUAUCUUAAAUGUAUAAUUUUAUUGUUGGAAUUCUUAAUUGAUAUACCAUUUGUCAACAGAACGAACGUGGGAUAUCUGUGCAAAGUGUGAAGUAAAUCCAAAGGUAGGUGUCACAGUGGCUUAACUGUGAGUCUUGCCUUUCGUUGAUUAGCCGGAACCUGGUUAGCCACGUUGUUGAGAAGUUAGCCCAAUAAGUACCCUAAACACGCGAAUAACACUGCAUUAUUGACCCAUCAUUAGUAAAAUGCACCCCGCUUCACUUGUAAAGUUGGACUAAAUGUAAAAAUUCAGCCUGCAUGGUUAACGUCAGAAGGUAAUCUCUUUCGCAGCCAAUGUUAAGUCCUGUUUUGCAACAUAGUUUUCUUAUUUCCUUACGUGCGUGACCACGUGACCAAAAUAAGUCUUUAGGAGAGACGAAAAGAGGAGGGGGAGAGGGGGUGUGUUCCUAUUGUGCCACUCCCUCCUCUCCCUUCGCAUUCUGCAUCAGCUAAAAUUUUAUUAGUAUUUUAUAGUUCCCUGAAAUGACAUGUGCGCCGCUUCAUCAGUAAAUUUUGAAGCCCGUGAGCUUUGUGAAGUUCGUGGCUGUAACGAUGUAUAGCGCUUAAAACCUGAAACUGAGUCUUUUUCAUUUCAGGGAUUGAAAUGUGUAUUCGAUUUGUGUCGGACCUGUUGUCACAUCAAAGUAAAUGAAGGAGUCACGGACUGUCGAGGUAAUUACCAAUGAUCAGUGUUAAAAUUUUAUCGGAUCGGCAAAAUAAAAGUACACGACUCGUUCCGUCAUUUCUGUUUCAGGACACCGAAAACGUUUAAAGAGACACGACGCUACCAUUGUAAAAGAAGCUGUCAAUGACCUCUCCAAGAAAACCGAUAUUGAAACAGGAAGGGUACAGCAAACGCAGAUUGUGAGCUAACAUACAUCUUAUUGCACUUGCAAAUAUACUCUCCAAGUCAUAUGCUGGCAGACUGAUGAUAGAGGUUUCUUACUGCGAUAUACUUUCGUUGAGAAUGAUCUCAUUGACAACUAUACACGCGAGAAUGACUAUAGAAAUUUGUAUUAGUAUGUAACCACCACAAUGUGUUGAAAUAUGCUCUGUUCGCGUAAAUUUGUUUCAUCAAUAUUUCUUGGGGAGGACAUUCGUGUCCAGUCCAAAAUUGUAACACGGGACUUUGGUCAGCUGUUAUAGGGUUCCACAACUGUAAAUGCACCGAGGUAUUUGCACGCGACGGAAGAUAGCUGUGAUUUAUAAUAACUACCUUGAAAGACAUUCCCAUCACUCAGAGUUCUUUUUAUCCUGCGCUCCAAGUUUACUUUGCAGCUUUUAUGCCAACCGUUACUCGUCAAUGCUUUCUAUUUCUUCUAGUUACGUAUUAACCGAUUUAAAAUUCUCAGAAAAUCUUACAUUUGCUCUUGAAUUACAUUUUGAAAAUGUGAUCGAAUUGUUGUUGACCUACUUUUUGUUGUUAUUUCGAAUGAUGAAUAAAUAAAGUUGUGCGGCAGAUUUAAAUAUUAAAGUAAGCGAUACUAUUAUUACGAUACUAUUUUAUUUAAGAGAUAAUUAAAUUGUAGAUUAUCAUCAGGAUCUUGUGGAUAAUUGUGAUAAUUGGAAAGUGAACCUUUAAGGAACAUGAGCUUAUUCUUACAUUUGCUCUUGAAUUACAUUUUGAAAAUGUGAUCGAAUUGUUGUUGACUACUUUUUGUUGUUAUUUCGAAAUAUGAAUAAAUAAAGUUGUGCGGCAGAUCUAAAUAUUAAAGUAAGCGAUACUAUUAUCACGAUACUAUUUUAUUUAAGAGAUAAUUAAAUUGUAGAUUAUCAUCAGCAUCUUGUGGAUAAUUGUGAUAAUUGGGAAGUGAACCUUUAAGGAACAUGAGCUCA